AUGCCAGAGCUGACAGACCCGAAGCAGAUGAGAGAAGCGACAAGGUCGUACUUGGGCAAAAGGGAAGCUUACGGGCCUCUCUUGGAGAAGCAGGAAGCCAAGACAGUGUCUGGUGGCACGGUCGCCUUUUGGCUGGUGAAUGUUUUCAGCUUGCUGGAUGGGAUUUGCCGUGCCGGUGGUGCUUUCUACGACUUGCUUCGGAGCUGUGCAGAGAAAGCCGGCGGAAGGCCACUCCGAUUCGCGAUCUACUCAGACGAGGUAAUCCCAGGCAAUGUCCUUGCUGCCCGAACCUCGAGGAAGAGCUGGUGCAUCUAUCUCUCAUGCAUAGACUUCCCUGCACAAGUGCUUGCGAUGGAAGAGGCCUGGCUCACCAUCGCACUGCUGAGAAGCUCUUUUGUGGCCUCGCUGGAGGGAAGUAUCAGCCAGAUCUUCAAAAUCAUCUUUCGCAGUAUCUUCUUGCACUCCAAGCAUGACCCGGCGGCAGGUGUUUGGAUGCAGGGGCCGAAGGGCGGGUUUCAUUUGUCAUUCGAGCCAAGCAUGGUAAUACAAGACGGGGCAGCUCACAAAUUCGCUUGGAGUGUGAAAGGUGACUCGGGUUCGAAGUAUUGUUUGUUGUGUGGCAAUCAGCGAGCCGACAAUCGCAACGAAGAGAAGAUCCCCAAGCAUGCACAUGCUGACUUGCAUUUGGUUUCGGAUGACGAUAUUUGGGAUUCUUGGUCGAGGCUCGCCAACCUGAAGGGUCGGUGUUCUGCCAAAGACUUUGGCAUGUGGCAGCAAGCCACUGGGUGGAGCUUCAACACAGAAAGCAUUUUUUCGGAGCCUCUGCUGAGGAGGGUGGUCAAACCAGCAACCAUGUUCGUGCACGAUUGGAUGCAUUGCUGCUUGAGUAAUGGAACAUUGAAUGAUGCGACCUGGUUACUUCUCAGUGCCACGAAGGACCAUGGCUUCAAGGAUGUUUUUGCCACUCUGGAGAAAUACGUGGAUCUGUGGACACAGCCGGCUUCCUUCGCACACGUCAAGCUGAAGCAAGUCUUCGAGAACAAGCGGAUGAAAUCCUGUAGAGAAGCGGGGAAGUUCAAAACGACAGCUUCCGAAAUGCUCAGUUUGCUGCCGGUCCUCGCCUUUUUCGUCCGAACCUGCAUCGUUGACAAAGGCUUCCUACCAUCCGAGUGCGAAGCUUUUUUGCAGAUGUGCCUUAUGGUGGAACUAUUGCAGGCCGCCUGUCAUGGGCAUGGUUGUGUGAUUCCAUCCAUGUUGCGAGAGGCCGCCGACAAGUGCAUGAGCUCUUGGUUCGAAACGGGCUGGGGGGAGCACGUACCCCGCAAGAUGCACUGGUUGCUGCAUAUGGGUGACCACUAUGAAAAGCACAAGAGGCUGCCUGCAACAUUCAGCAUGGAGCGGAAGCACAGGACAAUCACCAGACAUGCAGCAUCCAUCCAGAACACCAGCACCUUCGAGCGAUCCCUCUACGAGGAAGUGCUUGCCCAUGAGCUGUGGCACUUGGAGAAGCUGCCCGAGGAUCUGGUGCUCCAGAGCUUCCCACAAGUCUCCAAAGAUGAGAUGAAGAUCGCAACGAUUCUACGGCUUCCUGGUGGUGGGUUGGCAAGCAAGGCAGACGUGUGUUUGCUGCAGGCAGACAAAGGGCGGGACCCUCCUUGGGAUUGUGCCGAAGUUUUUUGCCAUGUUUCCGUGCAAGGCACAUUGUGGUCCGUGGUCUCCCUUUGGAGCUUGCAGGAGUACAACAAGGACAAGCACUGUGCAGUGUGGACCGAGAUGGAGCAGCCUGUGAUUAUCGAGAGCAAAGACAUCCUGACAGCGGUGGUUUAUUUGAGAGACACGAAUUGUGUCCGCACUUUAAUCCCUUUGCACCUCCGUAGCUGA